UUGCCAUGUCUGUUGUACAGUGGUGUUAGUCUCACUAACCCAUUGUGUAUUGCAAUUUAUCUCUGUUUGGUUGAUUUAUAUCUCUGCGAAGUGAAUUAAGUAACUAGAACUUAAAAUGGUAUCUCCAACAGUUGAGCUUUUGAAGAGUGAGAUUCCUCUUGAACAGGAAUCGGUGGUUUUACCCCAAGAUGUGACUGGUCUUGUACUUGUGGACAUCAGUAAUGGUUUCUGCACAGUUGGUGCUGGAAAUCUGGCACCAAGAGAGCCCAAUAGUCAGAUUUCAGAAAUGAUCAAGGAAUCAGAAAAGCUGGCCAGAUUGUUCUGUGAGAAGAAAAGGCCUAUUAUUGGAUUUCUUGAUUCUCAUCAUCCUGAUAAGCCUGAGGAACCAUAUCCUCCUCAUUGCAUUGCUGGCACCGAUGAGGCAAAUUUGGUUCCUGCUCUGAGAUGGUUAGAGAAUGAGCCUAAUGUAACAAUCAGGCGCAAAGAAUGCUUUGAUGGAUACUUGGGUUCAACUGAGGAUGAUGGUUCAAAUGUUUUUGUGGAUUGGGUGAAGAAGAAUCAGAUCAAAGGCAUAUUGGUUGUAGGGAUAUGCACAGAUAUCUGUGUUCUGGACUUCGUUUGCUCUACAUUAUCUGCAAGAAACCUUGGUUUUCUCACCCCUCUUAAGGAUGUAGUGGUGUAUUCCCAUGGAUGCGCUACAUUUGAUGUUCCUAUCCAAGUUGCCAAAAAUACCAAAGGAGCUUUAGUUCAUCCCCAGGAGUUUAUGCAUCAUGUCGGCCUAUACAUGGCUAAACAAAGGGGAGCAAAAAUAGCAAGUGAAGUGUCAUUUGAUGCACCAAAGAAGCUAUGAGCUAGCUAGGAUGCAACAUUACUAAUAUAGAACUUGUGUUAAUGGAGUACUUUGUUAAAAGGAUUUGUAUCUUCUGUUCUGAAUAAAGUUGUGCAGGUAUAGGAAUGGAGCUUGACAUAAAGAAAGUUGUGUUGGAGUGUGGAGAUAUGAAAAAAAAAUUUAUAAUAAA